ACUCCUACCUUCUACAGUUGGAGACGACAGAAGAAACCUCUUGGCUGUUGACAACUAUGUUACCAAACGUCGAACUAGAGUACCCUUUUGAUCACCGUACUUGGGUAGGAGCGACAGAUCGAGAAGUUGAGGGAAAUUUUCAGUGGAGUAUUGGUUAUGGUGGCGACAUCUCUUGGUCUUGGUAUCCAAGACAACCUGACGAUAACUAUGGUGGACAGGACUGCCUCACUGUCAUGCGCAGUGCACAUUUUGAUGACGCUAAGUGUGCUUCUGGAAAGGUUUUCGUGUGUGAGAAGGAACAGCCGAUUUGAAAAUUCCGAUACAUCAAUGGAAAUAAAAGUGCG